ACCAUGCAGACCGGCCCCACAGUGUCCUGUCGCAUGUGGAGCCGUGAAACUGUUGCUGUUGAAGGUACUCGAGGACAGUACAAGGACGAGUCUACAUUUGCAGCUUUGAGGGCUUUGCAUACUCUGUUGACGACGGCUUUAUGUUUAAACUUGCCUGGUAUAUACUUCUUCAAGAUUUAAAGCCUACAUUCUAUCAUCUCCAACCACAAAACCCCUGUUACUUGGACGGUAGUUGUACCCUUGGCCCACUCUUUUUGGAAUCUACCAGCGCCAAGCCUGCGUGACCAGUCGUCGGUUGUGGUCAACAGUCGACAGCUCUGGCUCGCCAGUUCACUCUGAAAAGUUCAUCCCACGUCGUCCAUCUUCGACGUGCCCGUUCACAUUCCCCUCAGCUUCAACUAUGCAACCAUGAACGGAUUCGAAGACGAUAAGAAGCCAAAGUGCGAUGGCGACGAGUAUGUCAAGCCUGGGCCCAAGGAUCUCCAGGUUCAGCUCGUCAUUUCCCUAUCGCUAGGGGUUUCUGCCUUUCUAGCCUUUUGUAUAUUACGACGACGAUGGAAAUCCCUAUACGCUGCGCGCAAACGACAUGCCGAGAUCGAGCUCCCACACUUGCCCGACACUUUGUUUGGUUGGAUGCCCGCCCUUUAUAGGAUUACCGAACACCAGGUUCUGGCUUGCGCCGGACUGGACGCAUAUGUAUUCCUGACAUUCUUCAAGAUGUCGUUGCAGCUCUUCGCUGUCAUGUUCUUCUGUGCCGCCGUUGUUCUCGAGCCCAUCAAUCGCCACUUUGAUCCCGGACACAAACGCAACGACACCAACCUCUCCGAACUUUCCCUGCUCCGCGAGUAUGCGCCGUAUAGCGACUAUCAAAAAGUCAACCUCUUCGGAAACGCUGGCGAAAACUCUGGCGACGACCAUGGGGGCGAUGACGAGAGCUUCAACAAGAACAUGAGCUACUUGUGGUCUUACCUUGUGUUUACCUAUGUAUUUACUGGACUUACCCUGUUUAUGCUGAACCGGUACACUCUGAAGGUCAUUGGCAUACGCCAGAACUACCUGGGCACACAAUCUACAAUCACCGACCGAACGUUCCGAUUGUCUGGUAUUCCUGAGAACCUGCGCACCGAGAAUGCGAUCAAAACUUUGGUAGAAAAGCUGGAAAUUGGAAAGGUGGAAAGCGUCACUUUGUGCCGCAACUGGAAGGAGAUCGACGAACUGUUGGAGCAAAGAACCGCAAUACUCGCCAAAUUGGAAGAGACGUGGAGUGUUUACAUCAGCCAAAAGCCAAAAUUACCAGUUGGAACGCAGGCGAAUGGCGAUGGGACAGCUUCGGGGGCACCAGAAGUACGGUCUGAUGAAGAAGCCGGCGAAAGUGAACGACUGCUGCGAGGAGGGCAUGAUAUGCAGAUUGACCGGCCCCGUCCUCAGGCAAGGCUCUGGUACGGCUUUCUUCGUAUGCAAAGUCGCAAGAUUGACGGCCUCGACUAUUAUACCGAACGCCUCCGGUUGCUCGAUGAAAAGAUUAUCGCUGCUCGGAAGAAGACCUAUGAACCGGCCAACAUCGCAUUCGUGACCAUGGACUCUAUUGCAGCCUGUCAGAUGGCGAUCCAGGCCCUCAUCGACCCUGGGCCGGGCCAGUUGCUAACCAAGCCUGCCCCAGCCCCAUCCGAUGUGGUAUGGAGGAAUACAUACAAGCCUUGGUGGAGGCGGCGCUUCCAGUCGUGGACUGUCACCAUCUUUAUCUCGAUUCUUUCCAUCAUCUGGGUCGGUCCCGUCGCUGCCCUAGCAUCUACCACCAUCUGCACCAUCAAGGCCAUUAUGCCCGCUCUAGCCGAGACCCUCAAGGACCACGAAAUCAUCCGCUCGCUUAUUCAGACUGGCAUCCCGACUCUCGUGGUAUCUUUGCUCAACGUUGCCGUGCCCUACCUCUACGACUUCUUGUCCGAACACCAAGGCAUGAUCUCGCGGGGCGAUGUGGCCCUCUCCGUGAUCAGCAAGAACUUCUUCUUUACCUUCUUCAACAUUUUCCUCAUCUUCACCGUCUUCGGUGCCGCUGUGGCAGGUAUCCAGGAGACGUUUCGAAAGAGCCUGACAGACAGCACCUACAUCGCCUACACCAUUGCCACAAAGAUUGAGGAGCUGACCAGCUUCUACAGCUGCUUCAUCAUGCUCCAGGGUCUGGGGUUGUUCCCCUUCCGACUGCUCCAGUUUGGAAGCAUAAGCUUGUACCCGAUCAACCGCAUGGGCGCAAAGACGCCAAGGGACUUUUCCCAGAUCAUGCAGCCGUCCAUGUUCUACUAUGGCUUUUACCUGCCCACGGCGCUGUUGGUGUUCAUCUUGUGUCUGGUCUACAGUGUGUUGCCAGACGGGUACCAGGUCUUGGGGUUGGGCGUGGUGUACUUUGUGUUUGGGUAUUUCACCUACAAGUAUCAGCUGCUGUAUGCCAUGGAUCAACCGCAGCACGCGACGGGGGGUGCGUGGAGGAUGAUUUGCUAUCGGGUCAUUCUGGGGCUGGUGGUGUUCCAGGUGACUAUGUCGGGGUACUUGGCGCUGAAGUCGGCGUUUACGGUGGCGGUGCUGGUGACCCCGCUGGUGAUUGGGACGGUGUGGUAUAGUUGGAACUUCAAGUGGCAGUUUGAGCCGCUGACGAAGUUUAUUUCUUUGGUUAGUAUCAAGAGGGGAGAGGACGAGGUGAAUGAGGUGGCGAUUUUGGAUGAUGAGAGGGAGGGGGGGUAUGAGGAGGAUGUGGAUCAGAGGUCGUUGAGGCGGAGGGGGAGCACGACGGUUGAUGAGGCGAGGGAGAAGGGGUUGCGGUUUGUGAAUCCUAGUUUGGUGGUUCCUCUGGAGCAACCAUGGAUCUACCAAGACCCACCACCGCCAUUCACAGAAGAGAGCGAUAGUCUCGAGUUCGCCAUUGGUGGUAGCGAAGGGGAGUACUCUUACGGCGCGGGGCCAUCAAUACGGAGCCGAAGAGACGAGACGCGGGUCGAGGGAAUCACAACUAGACCUCCGGGGCCCGGGAGCGGGGCUGCUAGUAGUAACUCUUCUAGCUCAAUAAGCUUGGGGGAUACACAUAUUUGGAGGCAGUGACGGGUCAGUUUGUUUGUACGAGGUGGAAGGAGUGGUUCGUUCAUUGCGUGGCGCUUGGUGCUUCACGCAUGGUAAUGGCUUUUUUCGAUACACAGCAGAGCGAAGCAAAGCAUACUGGAUGAGAGGAUGCCUAAUGGUCCUGGCGUGUUACAUACACGCCUACAUGAUGGAGGAAACGAAGUACAUGACGGGAGGCAGGAAUGGAUGGGCGUUUUUGAUGGGAAUACCAGGGUACGCGUACAUAACAGAGUUGGGGGGGUUAUGAUGAGGGAGAGAUUGUAAUGAUGGGGGAAAAGUGCAGUAUUGCUUCCACUUUUCUUUCUUGCGUUUGUUUGCCUCAAAUAUCUUUAUUCCUACGAGGUCGUUUUGUAUUCUUGUGUAAAGUAAUUCAUUGUUUGGUGUUUUUAUUCACAAUAUUUUUGACGGUGU